UAAUGUAUAAUUUACGACUCAAACUCCGGUCUUGUCCUUUCUUUAACAACUUUAAUUUUGUAAGGAUAUGCACGAUUGUUCAUCACUACACCUUUCUUUUUUCCCCUCUCAUGGACACCCAUUAGCUUCACUUCUCGACAAUUCCCACCAAUUUCGAUGGAAAAGUUUCAGUCUUGCAAGUUUCAUAUCAUUCUGUUCCUUAUCAUAUUAAUUCAAUUACAUUCACUUGUUUUUCCCUCCUCAGGUUACACUCUUCCUGAUAAGUACUUCAUCAAUUGUGGAUCAGACUCCCCAGCCAGCCUCGGACCUGGGCGGUCUUUUAUUGGUGAUGCCCCUUACUUACUUGGUUCAAGGAAAGCUGUAAAGGACAGCAACCAAUCUACAACCACAUCAUUAUAUCAAACUGCAAGAGUUUUCCAAGGACACUCUUCUUCAUAUCAGUUUGAUAUUGAUGAACAAGGAAUAUACAUAAUAAGACUUCAUUUCUUUGCUUUUUCAUCCUCAGAUGCUAACCUGACCAGUGCUUUAUUCAAUGUCAGGGCUUCUGAAUUUCUAUUAUUAUCAAAUUUUAGUAUCUCGAGGAGUAAUUCACUUAUGAUUAAGGAAUUCUUGUUCACAAUUGAUGCAAGAAAAUUAAUGAUCCACUUCAUACCAUACAAUAAGUCAUCUUUAGCUUUUAUAAAUGCUAUAGAAGUCUUUCUUGCACCAGAAAGCUUCAUUCCUGAUAAUACAACUUAUAUCACUCCUUCAGGAAUGAGAGGCAAUUAUAGUGGGUUGCUCCAACAAGGCUUGCAUACUAUCCACAGAAUCAAUGUUGGAGGCGACAAAGUCACAGAAAAUAAUGAUAGCCUGUGGAGAAAUUGGAUACCUGAUGAUGAUUUCUUGUCUUAUCCUGAAACUGCAAAGAAUCAUUUACUCUUUGAAGGCAAAUUACUUUCUGGUCCACAGGAAACUGAAUAUUCUGCUCCAGACCAUGUAUAUAGGACUGCUAAAGAAUUGAAGAGCUCAAAUAUUUCCAAUAUAACGUGGGGAUUCCAUGUCAGCAAGAAUUCGAGGCACCUUGUCCGGGUACAUUUCUGUGAUAUUAUUAGUACAGGACUUGCUGUUCUUGUGUUCAAAUUUAAUAUCUAUAGCAACUUUAGUAAGAAUAUCAGCUCUUACGAAGCCACCCAGUCAGUUGCAGCUCCAUUUUACUUUGACUUUGUUGUUGACUCUGAUAAUUCUGGAUUCAUGAAUAUAAGCGUGCACCAAAGAAAGGAUUCUGAAACUAAAAAUGCAUUCUUGAAUGGGCUGGAGAUUAUGGAAAUGAUGGAAAAAUCGCACGAACCCACGAAGAAUAGUAGGAUGCCUUUUAUGGUUGGUUCAAUUGGUUCUGUGCUAUUUCUUGUGGUUUUAAUAGUAGGUUUGUUGGUGAUUGUGAAAUACAGGAGAGCAAAGGCUUCUAGAACUUCAGGAGUGCCAUUUUCUGUGCCUCUUUAUGGAGGAAGCUCCCACAACUGGUUGGCUGAAAGAACUGCUAAUAUUUCUCUGGCUCCUGACUUGAAACUAGCACUAAAAAUACCAUAUGCUGAAAUACAGCGUGGAACGAGGAACUUCAAUACAAAAUUCUUGAUUGGUGAGGGUGGAUUUGGAAAAGUCUACAAAGGAACUCUCCGUGACGGUGUAAAUGUUGCAGUUAAAAGAAGUGAACCAGGUCAUGGUCAAGGUAUUUUGGAAUUCCAAACAGAAAUCAUGGUCUUAUCCCAAAUUCGCCAUCGCCAUCUUGUUUCCUUAAUUGGAUACUGUGAUGAAAGAAAUGAAAUGAUAUUGGUUUAUGAAUUUAUGGAGAAGGGGACUCUAAGAGACCAUCUUUACAGUUCAGUAGAAAACUCUGAAAAAUAUUCUUCGCAAUCCAAACUGUCUUGGGAGCAAAGACUUAAAAUUUGCAUUGAUGCUGCAAAAGGACUUCAUUAUUUGCAUACCGGCUUGUCAAGCAGAAUAAUUCACCGUGAUGUUAAGUCAACAAACAUUUUGCUUAAUGAAGAGUACAUUGCUAAAGUUGCUGAUUUUGGUCUUUCCAAGUCAGGUCCCCUUGAUCCUGAUGAAAAUACUGGUGUAAAAGGCAGUUUUGGCUAUCUUGAUCCAGAAUAUUUUAUGUCAUUACAGUUGACAGAAAAAUCUGAUGUAUAUUCUUUUGGAGUAGUACUUCUUGAAGUACUUUGUGCUAGACCAGUAAUUAUGACAUCCGAUAGGAGGGAGGAGGUGAACUUAGCAGAGUGGGGAAUGCUUUGGCAGAGGAAAGGUCAGCUUGAGAAAAUCAUUGAUCCUUCUCUGAUGGGGACCAUUAACUCGAGUUCAUUACGAAAAUUUGGCGAAACAGCAGAGAAAUGUUUGAGGGCAAGUGGUGCAGAAAGGCCUAUGAUGCAUGAUGUGAUGUGGGAUUUGGAAUUUGCAUUGAGGCUUCAACAAAACUCAAUGCAAAGAGAGUUAGAUGAGGACAGCAUGAAUACUGCUUCUCUGGAGUUGGCAUUGCAAGCUGUUAACCACCUACCAUCUCAUAGAGUUCCAGGCGAAGAAGACAAUUCAUUUGCAGUAUUAGGAGGUCCUGAUGCUUCUGUUACAAUGGCUAGUGGGGUUUUCUCACAACUAAGGAUUGAUUGUGGUAGAUAAAUCUUCACAGCUCAGUUUCAGGAUAGCUAGUGGGUAUAUUUUUUAUUUUUUUUCCUUUUUCCUGAUGAGUCCAAAUUAAUUCCUUCUGCCUUGAAUGUAAUUUUUUAACUUUAUUGAGCAGAUGGUAAGCUUUUAUUGAUGUUUCAAUUGGUGAACUAAUUAAUGUUUAAUUAUCAGCUGAAAGAGCUUAUUAGAUAAA